UGUCCAGACCUCUUGAGUCUUCCCACAAUGGUGCUUCAUCCUCAACUUCAAGUCAGCUUGGUGUUUACCCUACACUAGAGAGUUCAGCAGGAGAGUGCAGCAGGGGACGCAUGCAAUGGUGCCAGUGGUCUAGAGCCUACAACAGCUGUAGUAAAUGUACCCAUUCUCGCCUACUUUGAGUUACAUUAUCAUUUAUGUAUUCAAUGGAAGUCAAGCUUCUCAACUGCUGGCGGCUUCGUGAUUUGUAGCCCGCUGAACUUUCAGGACUCACUUUGGCAACUUCGUUAUGGGGUCGGAUUUCAGUUUCCAUUAGAGAUAUCAGUCUUAAAGACCAAAAGAUCGUUUCAAUUGCAAGCAGCAAAGUGAGGUGCCCCCAGUGCAAGAGUGCAGAGCAAGUUUAAUUGCAAAAUGGAAACGGAUGGUGAACCUGACGUUUGCUGUAUAACCAAUGAUUUCAGCUUUGCGUAUGACAAUGCUGCAUUUAGUGACCGAGUGCUUCAGUUGAGAGUCAAAGACAGUCCAAUUCCUUUGGGCCAGCUGACGCUGACAAGUGGUGAUGCAUCCAGCAGUGGGAUGCCUCAGAACUGUCGCACCCGCUCCAUCCACGUCAGUUCAGCAAUCCUGGCGGGACGGAGCGCGUACUUUAUGAAGCUUUUUGGACCAAGCGGCUUCAAGGAGUCCAUGCAGAAGAAUGUGACCCUGGAGGUUUUUCCGGAAGAGGAGCGCCCCAUGAUCCUUCUCCUCCGCUUCAUGUUCGGAGGUGGCCACGUCCUCGACAGUGUCACCGAUCCCACAGAGAUCAAGACGCUGCUAAUGCUGGCAGACCGCUUCGAGGUGCGCGCCUGCGCUGAGCAGUGCGUGCGCUCCCUGGCGCGCCUCCCACUGACACUCGCCAACAGCCUCUUCUUCCUCACGCUCCCCGAGAGCCUCCAACAGACGUACGGCCCUCUGAAGAAGGUGGUCAAGUCGUGCAGCACUUUCCUGGUGAGCAACUUCAAGGGGCUGAGCCAGGCGGACCACUUUGAGCAGCUGAAGACGGUGCCCCUCCCCGUGAUGGAGAACCUGCUCAAGAGCGACCUCAUGGUCGAGGCAGAGGCCCGAGUCUUCGAGGUGUUCCUGGCCUGGAUCCGCUACCACUAUCCGGCAGACUGCAGACAAGAGCGCGACGAGGCUGUGGCCCGCCUAGCGCCCCUCAUCAGGUUUCCGUUCAUGCCCGGGGAGUACCUGUACGAUUGCGCCGCCAAGGCGCCCGAGCUGGACACCCCGGUCGGUCGUGACUUGAUCAAUGAGGCGCUCUGGUACAAGGCCUUCUCAGAGGAGCGCCGGCAAGAGCUGGCGGUCACCACCAUGGAGCACAGCCGGUAUCGCAUGCGGCGGUACGGCCACUUCGUGUCCUUCACCUUCCAGUUCCGGCUGGAGCAGUUCCUGGGCCUCACGCUCAACGGCGGCAGCCUGCAGUCGCCGCAGUUCCGGGUGGGCGCCCACGAGUUCGACGUCAAGAUCAGCCGCUGCAGCCGCGCCAACGACGCCGGCACGUACGCCAUGUUCAUCGGGCUGUGGAGGGUCGGUUCCAGUAAAGGGACGGCAGAGUGCGAGUUCCUCGUCCAGACCCAGCCAUCGGGGGACUUCAUCAGCCCCCGUGGGUUCGUCAAAGGGGGAGACUUUCCCGGGCCUCAGCAAGACUGGUCGUUCCAUGACUGGCUCGGCAUCCCGUGGGAGGAGGCAAUAGGGCCACACAGCCCCUACUUGCAGGACGGGCUGAUGACGAUCCGAGCAGAUGUUCUAGUCCUGGAUCCGACCUACUACAACCCGAAAGAAGGACCGACCAGACUCUGCAAGUAGAGCGAGGGAUCGUACAUCGACAAUCAGUGCCCGUUUGUAACUAGGAAGAGCUUCAGUAAGCAGCUGUGCAGGCGGAUCUUCAGCGUAGUUAGGCUCUUGAGAGAUGUUAGGAGAAGUCAGAAUGAGAUUGUAUAUAGUCGGCAGCUGCAAUUAUGAUGGUCAACGCUCCUCCAGCUCCUUAAGGUCAGUUGAAGGUUCGAAUCAGGAUACACUUGGAUAGGCCAAGGCUGGCACUCCCAGUCUGUUGUACAGAAAGCUCAAGGACACAUACAUGCACACAGUAGGGAUUCAGAAGAAAGCGACUCGGUUGACCUGGCAUGCAUCUAGUUGCUUGCAGAGCGGGGGGCCAAGAUCAAAGUGUCCUAACUUGAGCAUCAUACACAGGUAGGCAGCAAUUGUUUGUCUGUGCGCCCAGAUUUGUGCAGUGGCAGGGCAAGGAAGAGUCGAAACGCACAUGACAUCAGUCAAAGCACACUCAUUGCGCAGAGGGCAUUCAACCAAG